AAUAAUCACAAACAGUUAAGGCACAUUCUUGGUAGGGAAUGCACGCAAUGUCAGCAAUAAAAAGGUUUAUUCUUCCACUAUGUCUAUUCUGCAUGGUUCACUUGUCAACAGCGAGAGAUUACAAGUGUACACAAGAGGAAAAUCAGUGCGUUUUUCGGGACGUACAACUGAAAUCAAAUGACUUAUUGACGGAGGCAACAUUUUCUUCUGAUGUGAAUUCACCGAAAGUAUUAAAGUUCAAGUCAUCAACUAUAAUUCAGCUUCCAACAACGAUAUUGAAAAAAUUCCCUAGUGUAGAAAUAGUUGAUGCUAGUUUCAGUGGACUAAAAACUCUCCAAAGCGAUACAUUCUCCGAUGCAAGGAAUAUCAGGGAGGUGAAUCUUACUGGAAAUAAAAUUGCCAUUUUGAGGAAUUACGUGUUUGAAGGAGCAUCCAAGAUCAGCAACUUAGACUUAGGCCACAAUGACAUCAGUGAAAUACAGGAGAAUGCGAUCAAUGGACUGACUCAAUUGAAAAUUCUAAAUCUGAGUAACAACAGACUUGCAGCAUUACCAUCAAGACUACUCAGUUCCUUAUCUGCACUGGAGGUAAUGGAGUUACAAAAUAAUUUACUCUCCAAAAUCGAUGAUGCGAUGUUUACGGACUGUACAUCAUUGAUAACGUUGAACGUUUCGCACAAUGCAUUGCAAAAGUUUGAUCUUCAUCAAUUCGUCAGAGAUUGGUCAGUGGAUUCGAUUGAUGUUAGCUACAACCGACUUAAAACAAUCGGAAUACCAAGAAAUCUGCGCAAGUUGGUUGCCUCCAACAAUCAAAUUCAGGCAGUGGAACCGAUUGGAAAAGAUCUAGCUCUCAUUUUCCUUAGGUUAUCGCAUAACAAACUCUCCAGCGUAGAUCAAAUUCCAAGUUUGAACAAACUUGUUACUUUGGAUUUGUCGUAUAACCAAUUGCAAGAGUUCGAUUUUAAGUCGGUAACAAAAUUCAAAAAUCUGAUCCUGCUGAAACUGAAUGGAAACCGUAUAUCCUCAAUUUCCAAUUCCUUAACGAGUGACGUAACUUAUUUGAAGUACGUCCAUUUGGCUCACAAUCAGCUAACAAGACUUGAUAUGGAUCUACUGAGGACAGUACCACGAAUCAUUAAGCUGGAUCUCGCCCAUAACAAACUCUCCGAUCUGAAAGUCAAACGGUUAGGUGAUAAAUUUCCGGUACUGGUUCGCCUUGUAUUGGAUGGAAACAAUUUUCGCUGCGACCAGAGCGCAGAAAUGAUGAAAGAACUCAAAUAUGCCAGUACCGAAUACAAGAGCACUUCCGAUCAGUGCAAACCGGAGCAACGCUUGGUGAAUGGAAUUUGUUGUUCAUGAAACUUCCGAUGGUGCAGUUGGUGUGUUAGGUUAAGUUUUCGGGCGAAUGAACAGUAGAAAUUCAUAAAAAACAUAAUUUAACAUUUUUCCUCAAAUAGAAAAUCGCCAUCUUGGUUUUAAAUAUCGUUUUCGAACUAUUAGUCAGCCGGUCAUAAAUCGUAUACAUCUGAAGAAGUCAUUAAAAAGAGAAAAAGUUCCAUUUUUAAAUUUCCUAAAACUUCAGUUUUAGGUCAGCGUUGGUUUAAAUGUAAAGUUGGAUCUUCUAGCAAUUUGAAAGUACGAUAAUAGUACGGAACACAACAAAAUUAGUUUGUGAAGUUGAUAGUUCUAAGUGAAAAAAUGAGGACUGUUGAGUUUUAAUGUGAACUACUUCGAAUAUUUUACAACAUCACAAAGUCUUAAAUAUUUUUUCAUGGAUAUAAAAAUACAAUAACCUCUGGAUAAGUAGGGGUCGGGAGCCUGCGGCUUUGAAUGUUGAGCUUUCUACUCUAAUUUUAUUUAUUUUAAUCAGUGGAGUAAAAGAGUUGAAACGAAAAGAAAAUAUUCAUGGCUCAUUGAAAACAUGGAUAUUUUGUUAUAAUUUUUGACUUUUAUGAGGCGACAAGUUCCCGACCCCCCUGGACUAGGGUCAAUUAGAACGGAUAAAUGAAUUGAGGAAUUGAUCUCAAUACUUUUAUCUGUAUAGCUAAUGAAACCUUCGUUUUUACACUGCACUACAUCGUUGUAGUGGAGGUUGCACUGAAAUCCUUUGUGUUUGCCAAUUGCAUCACACUAGUGCUACGCUUAUAAAAAGUUCAGUGUAGCUCUGCGCAAUUGAAUCAUUUAUGUUACACAAAGGUCCUCCUCGCAGUCUAAACUAUAUUUACAUAAGCACGGUCACCAAAAAUAUCAGAAUGAUUAUAAACUUCACGCGCGCGUCUUAAACUUAACGUUUAACCAGCAGAAAAAUAGAUCCAUUGAUCAAACGUUCUCCGAAUAAUUGACGGAAUCUAGAGUUUUAGUAAGGAAAAAUAUAAUAAGACAUUUUAAAUAAAAAACACCUGUUUUAAUCCACCUAGUGCUGUAAUGACACCUUUCUCUUUCCUGGAUUAUCCUAGUUAAGUUGUUAUAAGAAGUCUUCUUAUCUAGGAUGCCAGUUCGUUGAUACUGCCUCCGGUAGAUAUUUCGAAGUCGGAUGAGUUUCUUGGUGACACUGUCGAUUUGAAGAGAGGAAGUCGGCAUAUGUUGUACUGGAACCGUCCUAUCACGAGCGACUGCGAUUGAAUGCUGGAAGGAAGAUAGGGCCGCAUCGAUUUCCA